GUGGUAAAUGCAGACAGCCAAUGAAAGUGGGGCCUCAGAGAUGUUAUGUGGUAAGUCCUCCCAUUGCAAGAAAGGCCCUGACAAGCCAAGGAGUGUGUGUCAAAGCUGAGUGGCUUGCCUGCCCACAUAGGAUAAAGGAUAAAAUGUGUUGUUUUUGAAAGAAGCGUGGAAUGUUUUGUGAAGGGACCUUACGCUAGGGGACAGCACUGGAGUGGGGAAAGGCCUCCCUGAAGUUCAUCUCUCUGCUCGGAAGCUGGGCACAGGGACAAAGCAGGCCCGGGUCCGUCCAGACCAAAACGCUUUACACCCUUCCAGACUCACUUUGUGUGCAAGAGAUCGGCAGCGGGUCCUAAAAAUCGGAGCGUCGCUGCAUCAUCUCGGCGCCGUGCCACCGCGUGCCCCCAGAAGAAGGCGGGAACUGGAAGGAGGCUGAACCUGGAAGGUGGGAGCACAAGCAGAAGGGAUCGUGCAGAGCAGAGUGCCGCUGGUGCAAAAUGAAAGCUCUUCAGAAGAACCAGGGGCGCACCGACCAGAUCCUGGGCGCCAUGGCAGACAUGCUGAGCUCUCUGGCUGUGCCCAGGCAGCAGUGGAACUCUGAGGGCACAACCGAGCCUGUGGUGGAUGGAGAGCAGACAGACCGAUCUCAGUGGCAUCCAGACGGGUCUGAGCGGAAGUCUCCGGACAGCCCUGAGAGAGCGCCGUGGUACGGGAAAGACUCGUACUCGGCUGCGGGUAGUGAGGGCAGCAUCUCCACGUCAGUGGCCUCUCUGCCCCCACAGACGUCGGCUGGUUCAGUACCGAGCUCACCUGGUUCUCGCCGUUCCGUCAGCACGCUGAAGAAGUGGCUGACCAAUCCGGUGCGGAAGCUGAGCACCAGCGCCACCCCGGCCGUCACCCCGGCCUCCAGGUCCAAGGGCGAGCGGCCAGCGCACAGGAUGGAGGGCAAACCCCCUUCUGCCCCAGGCAGGGCCUGCCAGGGGUUGGGGGGUGGCGGGGCAGUGGAGGAGCACUUCACCAUUACAGAAAAGGAGCUGGACUGGAGGGAUGAUAUACUUGAUGCUCCAGGCUUUGUACAGUCCCACAGUGAACCGGCUGAUUCCUUACAGGUCACGACCUCACUGGGUUCCAUGCAGGUGGAAGACAACGGCUCUGUGAUGAUGGAUGAGACCUCCAGCCAAUCGUCAAUGACUAUAGACAGUGAAGAGGAGAAGAGGAGUGCCUUAGAGAAGAGCAUGUAUGUUCUCAAAGAACUGAUCGAGACAGAGAAGCUGUACGUAGUUGAUCUGGGACUCAUCGUGGAGGGUUAUAUGGCUACUAUGAGCACUAAAGGAGUGCCAGAAGACAUGAAGGGAAAAGAUAAAAUUGUCUUUGGCAACAUACACCAGAUCUACGACUGGCAUAAAGAUUAUUUCCUGGGUGAGCUGGAGAAGUGUGUGGCGGAGCCUGAGAGGUUGGCGCAGCUGUUCAUCAAACACGAGAGGCGUCUUCACAUGUAUGUGGUGUACUGCCAGAACAAGCCAAAGUCAGAGCACAUCGUGUCGGAAUACAUCGACACCUACUUCGAGGAGCUGAAGCAGCAACUUGGUCACAGGUUGCAACUGAAUGACCUCCUCAUCAAGCCUGUGCAGAGAAUUAUGAAGUACCAACUACUACUGAAGGAUUUCUUAAAGUACUACACUAAGGCUGGAAUGGACACAGUGGAGUUGGAGAAAGCAGUGGAGGUGAUGUGCUUUGUUCCUAAGCGCUGUAAUGACAUGAUGAAUGUGGGACGUCUGCAGGGCUUUGAGGGCAAAAUCACGGCACAGGGAAAACUGCUCCAGCAGGACACGUUCAUCGUCAGCGAACAGGACAGCGGCUUCCUGUCUCGACCCAAAGAGCGUCGGGUCUUCCUGUUUGAACAGAUUGUAAUUUUUAGUGAGCCUAUAGACCGGAAGAAAGGCUUCUCACUUCCUGGUUACAUCUUUAAGAACAGUAUCAAGAUGAGCUGCCUUGGUGUGGAGGCAUGUGUGGAUGGCCACCCGGCUCGCUUUGCGCUGACGUCUCGCGGGGCUGACGGCAACACGGUCUGCUUCGUGCUGCAGGCCUCCAACCCCGACGUCAGAAGGUCGUGGCUCUGUGACGUCAGUCAGAUCCUGGAGACCCAGCGCAACUUCCUCAAUGCCCUGCAGUCACCCAUCGAGUACCAGCGGAGGGAGAGUAAGAGUAACAGUUUGGGCCGCAGCAUGAGACCCCCCCCGGUGGACAUCCCGGGGCUGAGACCUCACUCCUCCGCCUCCAUGGACAGACAGAGGGUGCCCUGCCUCCAGGCCUACAACUCCUCACUCCCCUCUCUCUACCUGCCGAGCCACAACCCUGCCAACACACAUGCACAGCCAGAGACAGUGCAAGAGCACAACUGUAUGCUGGAGUCCAGGCUGGAUUGUCAGGCUGUGUCUCCAGCACAUGUGCAGAUGGCCUUCGCUGAUGAGUCUCCCCUAUCGCAGACACGUCUGCUCUGCCAGACGGUCUCCAACGGCGUCUACCCGUCCAGCAUACAGAGCUCACAGCAGCGGCGCACAGGAGAGGAUGGUUUCAGAACUUGGCCGCACGAUGCAGGGUUGUUGGCUCCAGGACCCCCCUCCAGUCUACAGCACUGCAAUAACCUGGCCCAGCUGGACGAGGACGAACUGUGACCCUGUGCGCCCUGGGAGCCGGUCCCAGCCUGGACACGUCCUCUCCAGCCUCCAUCGCUCGCGUGAUUGGCCUCCUGCUGUCCCUGUUCAACUCGCACUCGAAAUGAUCAAGCUACUUCGUUCCGCUUUCUUAUUUGUCCUUUCAAGUAGCAGUGUGUUUUGUUCAAAAGAGAAAUGACCAUUCCUGCAUUGGGAGGACACUGGAGUUGGAAUUUUUGGAGGUUUUUUUUUUUUUUUUAAAUGAAUAUCCGUGCGGGUGUACGUGAGUAUGUAUGUACGUGUGCACGUGUGUGUAUGUGUGGUGGAAAUUGCUUCAGUAUUGUAAACGUGCUGUUCCCCUCAACAAUGUGGCGUGCAGUUCAGAGGACUAAUCAGAUACCUUAGAGAGACUCGGUUCAGCAGGGCCAUCUAUCUCCAGCCUGUAUCAAACAGCCUGCUUCAUCCCGUACAUUCUUCCGAACGAGCCAGCGGGAAGCAGAGUGAUGACGCGGCUGAUUUGUAUUCACCGUGUGUGGAAGACGUUGACUGAAUCCCUGCAUGAAGACACAGUGGAUUUACUCUCUCUCUCUCUCUCUACUGAAAAAGGGAGUGUCCAGUAAUGUGUUUCCCUAUUCUGUUUGACAGCAAGGUGCCGUUUGAGCUGAGUGGAAGUAAUGCAGUGACAGCGCCCCCUAGAGACACACAGCUGGCGUGAUGUGAGUCUACAGGGUUGGGGUAGGGUCACUCGGUCUGUAUUUGCAGCUUCUGUUGGACACAUCCAGUGGCAGCUUUCACAUGCGCCGCCUGGCUGAGGAGGAGAAGGAUCCCCUCAACGCUCCGUGGGAACAGCAGACCACUCGGGGACAUGCUAGUAGAGUGACAGAAGGCAGCAGGUUGACGGACGUCUUCCGCUCUGCCACCCUUCAAGCUCCUGAGUUGUUUCCUCAUCAUCCAUGCUGCCUGCUACACUGUUUGAUCUCUUGAUGAAGUGGUUUCAAAGAUAACCCCUAGAAAUAAUGAUUUUUGAUGACUCAGAUGUUACUAAAAAACAAAAAAACAUUCCCCUGAUGGUAUAUCACUAAGUGCCAAAACACAGUUCCAGUGCCCUUAAGUGCAUCUGUUUAAAAGUAAACAACUAGAUUCAUUUGAUGAUUACACAUAGGGAGGCUAUGUGCAUUAAUAUCCUUUGUGGGUGUAAGAUCCAUUUAAAACUUAAAAAAUGAUAUCUGAAUUAUUACCCAUGAAAAAGAUACAAUUAUGCCUGAAAACAUUGUUUGCAAACAUGAUGAUUUGUUUCUUAUAAUUUGAUUUGUUGAUUUUAAAUUAUUUCACCUUGCCAAAAAGCUACAAAUGUGUGCACCACUCAGUUGAUUCAGUUACAUCAAAAGGUGGCAGACAUAUAUUUUGAAAUGAUGUCUGAAAUCUGCAGACUAAUGUUUCCAUUUUUUAAAUGUGUUUUUUUUAAAUCAUACAAGCAAUUACCUUGCAUUUUGAAUUAUCUUCUCAAAAGAGGAGAGAUUGUAUUGAAAUGUAAAAUGAAUAGUGUGACUGGCAAGCGCUUUCAAAACUGCUUUGCCAAUUGCAAUAUUUGCCCAGUAGAGGGCACCAGGCUGCUUCGGCACUACUGCACACACUUCUGAAUCUUUGAAUCUUUUCAACUGGGCCCUCGGGUGCCUAGUUUCCCAACAGCAUUGUAAUGUUUGGAUUACCUUGAUUUAAGAGAGUCUUCAAAGUGGCACUCACUCUGACACUUUAUAAUUAGACUUGCAAAAUAGCACCAAAGCUUGUAUCUUCUAAUACUGGAAUGUCUAAAAUGCAUAUACACGGUUACUCUUAAAAUGAAUGUCCCACUGCUCACAUUCUGUUGUCUUGACAUAAUACUCUAAUAACAAAUAGACAAUAUAGCCCUGUACUGAGUAUGAGUUUGAACUCUCUAUUACCUUUGCACAAGUCUAAACCUUUGCAUGCUUUGUUAAACCAAACCCCUAAAAUCAGUCAGCAGAGGACAAUGUAAGAACUGAGGAGAGGACGGAUGUUUAUCAGGAGUCUAUAUGACAGAUCUCGUUGUAUUAUAUCGAAUAAAUUGUGUCUUUUUGCAAUACGAGGACUUUCAUAUCGCAACACUUUUUUUGUAUAUUUUUUUUUCUCUCAUUUUAUUAUUAUUUUCAUCAUCAUACGGUGUAAACCCAAAUUCUCCAUUUGAAAGGACCUUUGGUAUUGUCGGUUAGAGUAACAAUUGCGUUUCCACACCACUGCAUUCAAAAACAAAUGCCGGGGAUGUGAGGCAAGUGGGGACCCACUUGUGUAGCACCUGGGGUCAUUUGUCCUGGAGCAGGGUCAAAUUCCGGGUAUCCCAGGGCAGUAGCGAGCUAACGGCAGCCUGUCUGUGAUAUGCAGAACUGGAGAGAGAGGGUUUUAAGGUAUUUGCUUUUUGAAGGGUGUGAAAUCAAAGCAGCUCUGUGCCUCUGGUGUCACGGCCUGACCAGCUGGGGGUCCAUUCACCGCAAACCCCCACAGGGGCGUCAUCCUCAGGAACUGCUGACCCAGUCAUUACCACUGUGAGAGCAAGGGGCCAUUAAAAGACCACACGACUGUGAACUUGAUGGCAGAAGCUCUCCAUCAAUGGCCGUCCUAUUUACGGUAAGGUGUGAAAUGUCGGAGUUCUUUCCAAUCAUUUGUUCCGUAAAAGUGUUUCCUUAGUACCGAGUAACAAUGCCCACCCAGCAUUGGCAUCCCCAAUACACUUCAGUUAACAUAUGAAUCACCUAUACAGACAGCAUCCCGGACCUCACACAACGGUAGAUUUAAUGUUAGUUUAAAGUUAGCCAUUUGCUCAUAUUUGCACUUUAAUUAGCAUGUGAGGAGUGUGCCAGCGUGUGAUGGAAUGAAUAACAAAAGGAGGAGAUCAUUUUGUCUGAUUAUUCACUUUUAUUUUUUGUUUUUACAUGCUUCUUUAGUCCUCAUAGAACUGUGUGCUAUAUGAACACAAUAUAAUUACUGCACUUUCUGAGGCCAUAAUUAACACCCAGGGCUUACAAUUCAGACUUAAAAUGAGAAGGAAUGUUUUGAGUGCAAAUCAUCUUGGUACAAGAGUGAAAAAUUGUAUGUCUGGCAAAAGAAUGUCGAAAGCAACAACCAAAAAACAAAGAAAAGACUAAAUGAGAUCAAAAUGAAUAUUUCAUGUUAAGGCAACAUUUUCUGUCAAAAAGAACAAUCAAGUUUGUUUAAUAAAUACUUUUUAUUUUGUGCUUGUA